GUGAGUCACAGCACCGGGAGGGCAGAGGUGGCUCCACUCACCCAGCACCCAGCGCACUGUGGGAAGGGACCCUUGCCCUCGCCAUGGCAUCCCUGGGGCAGAUCAUCUUCUGGAGCAUUAUUAGCAUCAUCAUUGUUUUGGCUGGAGCGAUUGCCCUCAUCAUCGGUUUUGGUAUUUCAGAGGUUUAUGUCUGGCUUAUUAGUAAUGACGGGUUUGGCUGCAGAAGUUUCAAAGCUCCCCUUGGCAUUGACCCUUGCUUUCUAAAUGGCAGGGACACACUCCGUCUCAGUCACUACCCUCACCUCGGCUGGGAACAUCGGGGAGGACGGGGUCCUGAGCUGCACUUUCGAACCUGACGUCAGACUUUCUGAUAUCGUGAUUCAGUGGCUAAAGGAAGGCGUCGUGGGCUUCGUCCAUGAGUUCAAGGAAGGCAAAGACGACUUGUCAGACCAGAAUGAAAUGUUCAGAGGCCGGACAGCAGUGUUCGCUGAUCAAGUGAGAGUUGGCAAUGCCUCUCUGAGGCUGAAAAAUGUACGGCUCACAGAUGCUGGCACCUAUAAGUGUCACAUCAUCACUUCUAAAGGCAAGGGGAAUGCUAACCUUGAGUAUAAAACUGGAGCCUUCAGCAUCCCAGAGAUAGAUGUGGACUAUAAUGCAAGCUCAGAGAGCUUUCGAUGUGAGGCUCCCCGGUGGUUCCCCCAGCCUACAGUGGUCUGGACAUCCCAAGUUGACCGAAGAACCAACUUCUCAGAAGUCUCCAAUACCAGCUUUGAGCUGAAUUCUGAGAAUGUGACCAUGAAGGUUAUAUCUGUACUCUACAAUGUCACUAUCAACAACACAUACUCCUGCAUGAUUGAGAACAACAUUGCCAAAGCCACAGGGGAUAUCAAAGUGACAGAAUCCGAGAUUAAAAGGCGGAGUCACCUAGAGCUGCUGGACUCAAAGGCUUCCCCGUGUGUCUCCUCUGUCUUGGCCAUCGGCUGGGUGCUCCUGUUGCUCUCCUCUUACCUGAUCCUAAAGUAACGUGCCUGGGCCGCCCAGAAUCCCGCACAGUCAUUGGUACAACAGGAAUCUGCAGAGCUAUUUCACCACAAGAUAUGACCUAGUUUUAUAUUUCUUGGGGGAAAUGAAUUCAUGCCUAGAAGCCUGGAGCGAACAUAUAAGA